AUGGGCGGUGAUGCUUCGUGUAGCAUGGUUUUCUGUGGGAAAUCAUCCGUGGAAACAGAGAUAGCGACGCGUCUGAAGAAGGAGAAGGUGCUUAAGCUCCAAGAUGAUACCAAAGUUUCAGUCUUUUUAGAAUCUGAGGCUGAGGCUAUGUUAGUCAAAGAUGACAAUUCCUUCGAUUCCUCCUUGUUCAUGGACUCCAUUUCAACCGACCGGUUUGGCCGGUUUCUCAUUUGGUCUCCGCGCUUGUCUUCCACUCACGAUGUUGUUUCUCCCAACUUCUGUGAGCUUCCAGUUGGUACAGUUUGUGUCACAGAAACUCAAUUCAAGGGUCGAGGAAGAUCAAAGAAUGUCUGGGAAUCUCCAAAGGGUUGUCUUAUGUUUUCUUUUACUCUAGAAAUGGAAGUUGCUACACUUAUCCCUGUGAUACAGUAUGUGGUAUCUAUUGCUGUCACGGAGGCAGUGAAGUCUGUUUGUGACAAGAAGGGUUUGCCUUACAUUGACGUUAGAAUUAAGUGGCCAAACGAUAUCUACUUGAACGGUCUUAAGAUUGGAGGCAUUUUGUGUACCUCUACAUAUAGAUCAAAGAAGUUCUAUGUCAGUAUUGGUAUUGGUCUGAAUGUAGAUAACGACCAACCGACCACAUGCUUGAAUGCAGUACUAAAAGACCUGUCACCCACAUCAGACCUAUUUAAAAGAGAAGAAAUUCUUGGCGCCUUCUUUCAUAAGUUUGAAACAUUCUUUGAUCUACUCAUGAAACGAGGAUUUAAAUCUCUCGAGGAGCUUUACUACAGGACAUGGCUUCACAGCGACCAAAAAGUAGUUGUUGAAGACAGAGUCGGGGACAAGUUUGUUCAAAAUGUUGUGACUAUUAAGGGAAUGACUUCUUCGGGAUACUUGAAGGCUAUUGGAGAUGACAAUCAAAUCUAUGAGCUUCACCCCGAUGGCAAUAGUUUCGACUUUCUCAAAGGUCUUGUCCGAAGAAAACUAUGA